AGUCCUUUCGGGUUGAAACACACUGACACAGAACAGGAAGUAGAGAGACAAAACAUUCGGCAGGCACCUUGAGCUCUGCAGAGACAAAAGUGCUCGGGGUGUUGUUUGGCUGGAUGAAGACUUCAGGGAACACGAUCGGCUCCAGGAUGUUCACGCCGCGCCGGCGCUAGCGCUCGCAGGAGGCGGCGGCAUGGAGCUGGUGUCCGUGCUGCACGAGUUUGAGUACACGGCGAAGGACGGUCGCCUCGUGUCCAUCAAGCCCGACGAAAGCUACGUCCUGCUCUCCAGAACCAACGAGCACUGGUGGCACGUCCGCAGAGACCAGCGCACCAGGCCCUUCUACGUGCCCGUGCAGUAUGUGAAGGCGCUGGCGCCGCCCGCCGAGGACGCGAGGCCGCGCGGCGCGGCUACCCGGGCGUCCGCUCCGGGGGCUUCCAGCGAGACCCGCCGCUUCUCCACUUUUGGUUACUGUGAGAAAAAAUCAGACGUGGCGCUCCGUGACAGCGCAGAGGAGGAACCAACCCCCGGCGGAUUUACACGCCAUCCAACAGAAGCAUUUCCAUACUCGUCUGGACAUCUGGAGGCGGAGGGCCCGCUGUACGCGCGACCUCAUCCUGCGCCAAAGGCCAAAACCAGAACGAGUCAACCGGAUGAGAGAGUAGAACAGCAACACGCUUUUGUCCCGGAUGAGGACGUGGAUUACCCUUUGCCCCCCAAUUCUCCCAUAUACAACACAAUACCAGAGCUGAACAUCCCCAAAUCCUCUGAGCUGCCUGGUCCCGUUGCUUCCAAUGACACGUUGAUGAUUGAGCAGCAGACCUCAAAACAAGAUGCUAAAGUUACUCCUUCUACAGAUGGAGAUUCCUCUGAGCAGGUGCAGAAUGAAAGCCUCCGGUCGGCCGUCUACGUCAACGUAGCGCAACUUCGCCAGAGCGUCUCCGAGUCGCCGCCGCCCUCGCCCGACGCGUUCUGCCCCCCACCCCCCCGCCCGGACCCCGAGGGAUGGGAGGUGCACGUUGACGGAGACAGCGGACAGGAGUACUACUACCACCCGGCCACGGGGCGCACCACCUGGGACAACCCCUUUCCGGACUCCCCCACGGACCCCGAGCCGCCCCCUUCCCCCUCGCCCCCGCAGUCCCCCGCCCCGCUUUCUCCGGGCGCCGCCCCGCGGCCCGCGUGGACCUCCGACUGGGAGCAGUUGGUGGAUGAGAGCAGCGGCUGCGCCUACUUCUACAACGCCAUGUCCGGGGAGACGUCCUGGGAGCCCCCCGAGGAGCUGAGCCCGUACCCCCCUCCGACGGAGCCCAUGAGCGUGCACAGGUUCCUGGAGGACGGGCCGCCUCCUCUCCCCCAGGAGGACUACCCCUCGCAGGACCACCCGGAGGCAUGCGAGGACCCGCUCGCCGCCGCGGAGUACACCCUCGCCCACGUGGGCCGGACCGUGAUCCCCCGGGCCAGCCUGGACCGCAGCGCGCCGACCGGGUGGAACCUCAGCGUGGAGCCCAACGGGACCUGGGUGUUCACCAACGAGCAUUCUCCAGAGCAGUGGAUCAAGUCGGUGGACGAUCGAGGGCAGACCUACUUCUACCUGAGAGACAGCUCCAGGUCUCAGUGGGUCCUGCCUGAGGUCCCCGCAGCUGGCGGUCAGUUCAGGACGGAGAACGGCGAUGAGGCGUCGAUCGGCGGAAAAAACUGGAGGCACACCAUGGCGCCCGGGCAGCUGGGCUCGGCCCUGGAUGACGGGAGUUUCGUACCGACUCACAGGAGGAACACCUCGGACUACAGCAGCGACAGCUCCAGCGCGGGAAACUCUCCGGAGACGCAGCAGAACGCGUUUGGGUCUAGACCCUGGAGGAACCCCUAUUAUCUGACCUCCAAGUGGCUGCGCUAUAACGUGCAGAACUUGGAGAAAGCGGGAAUCCUCAACAAAACGAAAGUGUGUGAGAACGGCAAGAAAGUCCGGAAAAACUGGGCCCAGACGUGGACGGUUCUCCACGGAGGGGUGCUGACGUUCCACAAAGACCCGAAGUCUGCAUCUACGGGGGCCUUGCACAAGACCAAUCAGAUCGUGCCGGAGGUCACGGUGGACCUGCGAGGAGCGUCGAUUGGACGGGCGUCAAAGGACAAGUCCAGCAAGAAGAAUGUCUUAGAGUUGAAAAGCAGGAACGGCGUGGAGUAUUUGAUACAGUACGAUACGGAGAGCAUCAUCACCGACUGGCACAAAGUCUUAGUGGACACCAUCAGGCAGCUGGAGUACCUGGACCACCCCACAGAGGAGGUGGAGGGCAACAUAUACGAGAAGAUCGCAGAGCGAGACGAGAAGGUCGUAGCCGUGGUGGACAAGCGAAGACCCUCCAGGCAGAGUGUCACACUCUCAUCCAGCUCCGCCGGAGACACGGACCAGAAGCGGGUCCGGACCAAGCUGAUGAAGUUCCUCAUGAAGCGGCCGACGCUGCAGGCCGUGAAGGAGAAGGGCUACAUCCGAGACAACGUGUUUGGCUGCCACCUGGCCACUCUGUGUGCACAGGAGAAGACCACCGUCCCCAGUUUUGUGGAGAAAUGCAUCAACGCGGUGGAGAAGAGAGGUUUGGACAUCGAUGGACUCUACAGGGUGAGCGGGAACCUGGCCGUCAUCCAGAAGCUGCGCUUCAAGGCCGAUCACGAGGAGCUGGACCUCGAGGACGGCCAGUGGGAGGACGUUCACGUCAUCACCGGAGCGCUGAAGCUGUUUUUCCGAGAGCUUCCCGAGCCGCUUUUCCCGUUCAGCCAUUUUAACAACUUCAUCGCAGCCAUCAGAACUCCUGAUUACAAAACAAAAGUGUCUCGUAUGAACGAGCUGGUAAAAUCACUUCCUUCUCCCAAUCAUGACACCAUGAAACUCCUUUUUGGGCAUUUACGCAGGGUCAUCCAAUUUGGAGAGGACAACCGCAUGACUGUGCAGAACGUGGCCAUCGUGUUCGGGCCGACGCUGCUUCGGCCGGAGAUGGAGGCGUCCAACAUCACCAUGCACAUGGUCUUUCAGAACCAGAUAGUGGAACUCAUCCUGAACGAAUACGAGCGCUUCUUCUACUCCAGCUGAAGCACGUCUCCCAAUGUGCUCGAGUUGUAAGAAGAGCUAGAUUUGCAUUCGCACAAAGGUGAAACUCCUUUUGUAAGAUAAGUUAAGGGGCUCUUUAAGUUUUCUUUGCUCUGACAUUUAACCGUGUAAAAAAAAAAAAAAAAGAUCUUCAAAUGGAAUAUUUGAAGCAUGCUUAACCACUGUUUAGUUCAGGUGUAGUCCGUGUGAGGUCGGAUGCUGUUAGAUCCGUCUCUGGCAGUAUUGUAAUGGUUGAGUUACACAAGCUUGUUCAGAUUGCUCCAGCGGUCUCGAUCUCACAAAGUCACUUUCUGGAGAUUUUAAUUGUUUAUUUUGUAUUUUUGCUCCUUGCCAAAAUGACAGUUAUAAUAGAACCCAAGCCAAGGCUGGAUGCAUUGAUACUCUCCUGAAGAAAUUAUCAACGAUUGCUACCAUCUUUAUUUUAGAAAUGACUUUUAAAUAUUGUUUUGAAUUUGAAAAUCCCGUAUGUCACGUAUGGCAAUAACUAAUAUUGUAUUCUAAUAUUGUGUCAUUUUUACCCAUGAAUUUUAAUGUAAUAUAAAAAUGUAUUAUAAGAAAUAUUAAAAUAAACUGCUCGCUGUGAAAUAGAUGAUGACAUAGAAUACUUGUGCAACUUAUAGAUUAUUUUUCCAAUGGCCUUUUUCAAUUUUACGCUGUCCUUGAAGAAACUGUAUAAUAACAUGGAAAUACAAACUAACCAUUCAUUUUUUGACAGUAAAAUCAGUAUGCAGGAAACAGUGAAAUGAAUUCUAGAUGAAUGACCUGUAAAUAGAAAUAGAAGGCAUAAUGCAAUAAUGUUGUCUAAAUUGCACACGUUGUUACAUAAUAAAAAAUAACUUUGUUAAAAAAGUA